CAUCAUUAUGUACGAUUGUAGUCAAUCAUGAAUAAAUUUACUAACAUAUAUAUUUAGUUACUUUUGUUGUGAGUUUAAUUACUUAACUGGUAUUUUGUGAUAUUACACGUUUGGAUUUUAAUCGAGAUGAGGACUGUACUGAUACUCGUGAUUUCUGUACAAUUUUUGGAGCUUGUCUACACACAGAGAGGGCGACAAGUAAACGAACCUAGUGUUUGCGAUAACGCCGUUAAGAGACACGGAUUUGGUUAUAACCCGCAUCCAUUUGACUGUACACAGUUUGUGCAAUGCUUUUACCUCCCUGGCCGGCGUGUGGAACCCGUUUACAGAAACUGUGAAUUUGGACAAUUUUGGGACCAAUCAAAAAUUGGAUGUUUCCCGGCAAAAUAUGUCAGCUGUCCAUUUGACAAGUGUCAAAUACCAGGAUCAAAGUUUUACAAACAUACAGAUACAAACAAAUGUAAUGCGUAUUGGAAAUGUGUGAAUGGCAAGGCAUUUGGUCAAUGUUGUCCACAAGGUGAAAGGUUUGUCCAGGAGCUUGGCUGUGUACCGGAUCCAUCUUGUACAGACAUGUGUCCACUCAAAGAUCGUGUUCCAGGGUGUCCUAGGAGACCAAUAUCUGGAGCGCCGACAAAGUAUGAGCAGUAUACCGACAACGGUAUAUGGCAGAGAGAGGAGUGCCCGCCCGGUGCCGCCUAUGACCCAGCUGACUGUCGUUGUUCGCUAGAAGGUCUUAUUGUACCAGGUAGAAGGUGCAAACCGGAUGUUGUCAUCAAUUUUGACAAAGGUGUUCCUGAAGAUGUUUCGGGGAAUAACAACAAAAUUCACGCUGAAGGAGUGAGCAUGUACCGUGGGGCUGCUUAUUUCCGGGGACAUUCCCGUCUUGUCAUAGACCGACUCCGACCUAGUAAAUAUGACGAGGGUGUACUUAUCAUAAAGCUAAAGUUCAGCGAGGAUAACAGAAGAAGGCGCUCUCGUGGACUUCAAGGCCUGGUAACAAAUGGUCAUUGUGGGAAACAACCUUCCGUUGUCAUAGCCAAGUUACCGAACUCAAUCCUCCUUGGUGCAGAAGCCAAUAUAUCCCGUUCUUUUCCCCUUCCUAUUGUGAACAAGCCGUGGAAAGAGGUCGUUUAUAUCAAAGAUGAUUUCAAACUUCACGGACGAGUAUGUGGGGCUGGUUUUAAUGACUGGUGUACUGGAAAGUUAAAGGAGACUAAUUGUGGAUUCCAGAUUGGAGCUGCACCUGGACUUGCUGGUUUUGUCGGUCUUAUUGAUGAUAUAUCAAUAUACAGAUGUAAGCCAUUGGACACAGUUCUAAACAUUAAUUAUUGAUACCAAAAACAUCAUAUGUAUGGUUCCUCAUAGACUAAUCUACUAAUAAUCUAGACACGUGUUGAUUGUCUACGUUAUUUAAUAAUCUGGUAGUGAUAUAGGUAUCAGUUGAAGAAAUUGCUACGUCAUUUUAAUUAUGUUACAUUGUUUAAAAUGCAAAUAAGAAUAAAAGCGAUUUUAACGAAUAAUAAUCAGA